AUGACCCUUCCGCAUGCAGAAGUCCCUCCUUCCCAACCUGAUGAUGAAGAAGAGGGACGAGAAAGGAUUGAAAACCCAAAGCAAGUUGCCGACGAUACAAAGACCAAUGAUCCCAGAACAUUCCCCGACGGUGGACCGAGUGCAUGGUUGGUGGUGUUUGGGGCAUCCUUUGGUCUAUUCGUUAGUUUUGGAUGGAUAAACUGUGUAGGAGUUUUUCAGGCGUAUUACGAGUCCCAUCAAUUGCAGUCCGAAUCACCAAGUACAGUCUCCUGGAUCCCCUCGGUGUCUAUGUUCAUGAUGUUUAUUACAGGUCCUUUUGUUGGCAGACUUUUCGACAAUUUCGGACCUAGAUAUCUGCUUCUUACAGGAACAGCCCUCCACAUAUUCGGCUUGAUGAUGGCGUCUCUGUCCUCUCAACUCUACCAAUUCAUUCUUUCCCAGGCCAUCUGCAGUCCCGUCGGCGCAAGUAUGGUUCUCUACUCUUCUUUCAAUUGUGUCACAAGUUGGUUUAUACAAAGACGUGCUUUGGCCAUGGGAAUCACAGCCAGCGGAUCUAGUCUCGGAGGAGUUAUUUUCCCUAUUCUUGUUGAUCACUUGAUACCACGGAUCGGAUUUGGCUGGACCAUGCGCACUUGUGCUUUCAUGAUGCUGGGCUUGCUCAUAGUCACAAAUCUCACAGUUCGAUCAAGGCUCUCCCCCAAACCAAAGAACGUUGAAUUCAUUGACUUCCUCAAGCCUCUUGUUGAUCCUCCGUUUUUACUUACGGCACUUGCUGGGUUCUUUUACUCGAUGGGUAUGUUUAUUCCGAUCACCUUCUUGGCAACGUAUGGAGAACAUGUGGGCAUGUCUCCCAAAAUGGCUGGAUAUCUUGUAUCGAUCUUCAAUGGAGCGAGUGCCAUCGGUCGUAUCCUUCCCGGAUAUGCGGCAGACAAGGCAGGGAACUUCAAUGUAUCCCUCACAGCAGCAUGUCUUUCCACCAUCCUGGUCUUCGGCCUCUGGCUUCCCGGCCACUCAAACGCAGCCGCCAUUGCAUUUGCGGCGUCCUUCGGUUUCAGUUCUGGCACGUAUACUGCCAUGAGCCCUGCCCUUGUAGCCCAGAUUUCUGACAUUCAUGAAAUCGGUACCCGAUCAGGGACAAUGUAUGCUUUUAUGUCAGUGGCAGCGUUGACCGGCAGCCCUAUCGGAGGCGCUUUGAUUUCGGCAACAGGGGGUAAUUAUUGGAAGUUGCAGGUGUUUGCUGGGAGUAUGCUUGCUACUGGUAGUUGUUUCUAUAUCGCCGCUCGCAUGUACUUGGCCAAGGGUAGAAUUAGAGGGAAGAUUUAG